AUUAAGAGCAUAGGUUGAACUUUGACUUGUACAUUAGUUUGACAGCAUAAAUGUAUCCUUGCAUAGCCUUAGCAGUAGAGCUCAUCAUUCAUUUUUUGUUUCCCUAACGAAGUAAACAAUAAUAUUGAUGAGAAUGUUACUGCAUUUUCUUUCGGUGUCGCUUGGUGUCCUUACUAUUUUGGUUUUGGUACAAGCUCAAGAUCAAUCAGGAUUCAUUAGCUUAGAUUGUGGUCUACCUGAACAUUUGAGCUAUUCUGAGGUGAAGACAGGCAUAAAUUAUAUUUCAGAUGCCAAAUUCAUAGACACAGAUACAGAUACAAGUAAAAGUAUAAGACAUACAAAGGAAAUGAGCUAUAUUGAACAACAACUAGAAUAUGUGAGGAGUUUUCCUAAUGGAGUGAAAAAUUGUUACAGAAUAAAUGUAUCAAAUGGUACUAAAUAUUUAAUCAGAGCUUCUUUCUAUUAUGGUAACUAUGAUAAUCUAAAUGAUCCACCAAUAUUUGAUCUUCAUUUUGGAGCUAAUUUGUGGGAUACGGUGAAGUGCAGCAAUAAUGUAUCAUUCUUCCAAUUCAUUGAGAUCAUUUACACUCCAUCGCAUGAUUAUAUACAACCAUGUCUUGUUAACACAGGUCAAGGGACUCCAUUCAUUUCAGCUAUAGAAUUGAGGCCUUUGAAUGAUAUAGCUUAUGACACAAAGUCACCUAAAUCAGUUUUAUCACUCGUGGAGCGAUGGGAAUUGGGUUCCGGCUCCAAUUCAGGAUCAUACAGGUACAAAGAUGAUGUUUAUGACCGCAUGUGGUUUUCUUCAAUUCGCAGUGAUUGGAGACGAUUAAACACCUCAGUUAACAAUGAUGAUCUACAACAGAAUCAUUAUAAACUACCAGCAAUUGUUAUGAGCACUGCUGUUACACCUGUAAAUGGCAGUGCCGCUAUACAAUUUUCUUGGAGUGCAGAUGAUGUAAAUAAUCAAUACUACCUCUACACACACUUUGGUGAGGUCGAGAAACUGGCCGCAAAUGAAACUAGAGCGUUCAAUAUCAAUGUGAAUGGAGGUCUUUUCUAUGCACCUGUGAUACCUCUAUACCGGAAAGCAAUGACCAUAUUUAGCAACAGACCUUUGACCGGAGCCACAGUUUAUCAAGUUUCCCUUUCUAAGACAAAGAAUUCAACCCUUCCACCCAUCCUCAAUGCCAUUGAGAUUUAUAAACUAAAAGACUUCUCACAAUCAGAAACUCAACAAGAUGAUGUGGAUUCUAUCAUAAACAUCAAGAAUGUUUAUGGGGUGACUAGAAAUUGGCAAGGAGAUCCAUGUGCCCCUGUGAAUUACGUAUGGGAAGGCUUAAACUGUAGUGUUGAUGGCAAUAAUAUCUCAAGAAUUACAUCUUUGGAUUUGUCUUCAAGUGGAUUGAUAGGGCAGAUAGCAUCUUCCAUUUCAAAGCUCACUAUGUUACAGUACUUGGAUUUAUCAAACAAUGGCUUAAAUGGUUCCUUACCUGAUUUUCUGAUACAACUUCAUUCACUAAAAGUCUUAAAUGUGAGGAAGAACAAACUUACAGGAUCAGUUCCAAGGGAACUCAUUGAGAGAUCUAAAACUGGUUCACUAUCACUGAGCGUGGAUGAUAAUCCUGGUCUUUGUACGACGAAAUCUUGUGGAAAGAAGAGUUUGUUUGUACCAUUGAUUGCAUCGUUUUCAGCAUUAAUUAUUGUAAUCCUCUUUAUUUCUCUUGGAUUUCGGAUAUUCAGAAGACAUAAAGCUGCAGUUACAUCUACAAAUUCUAAGCAAAGGGGUUCACUGAUAUCAAAACAGCAGGCAUUCAGUUACACUUCAAUUAUCAAUAUUACUGAUAACUUCAAAACUAUUAUUGGAGAAGGAGGAUUUGGAAAAGUUUACUUAGGCACUCUACAGAAUCAAACUCAAGUCGCUGUUAAGAGGCUUUCACUAUCAUCAAUGCAAGGUUACAAGGAAUUUCAAUCAGAGGCACAACUUCUAAUGAUUGUUCAUCAUAGAAAUUUAGUUUCUCUUGUUGGAUAUUGUGAUGAAGAUGAAGUCAAAGCAUUAAUUUAUGAAUACAUGGUCAAUGGAAAUCUCCAUCAACACUUAUCAGUGGAAAAUACAAAUAUCUUAAAAUGGAAUGAGAGACUUAUCAUUGCAGUUGAUGCAGCACAUGGAUUGGAUUAUCUGCAUAAUGGAUGUAAACCACCUAUUAUGCAUAGAGAUUUGAAACCUUCCAACAUAUUGCUUGAUGAAAACAUGCAUGCCAAGAUUGCUGAUUUUGGUCUAUGUAGAGCUUUUGAUAAUGAUAUUGAUUCUCAUAUAUCUACGCGCCCUGCCGGUACACUUGGUUACGCUGAUCCUGAAUAUCAGAGAACAGGAAACGCAAAUAAAAGAAAUGAUGUGUACAGUUUUGGCAUAGUUCUAUUUGUGUUGAUCACCGGUCGUCAAGCAAUAGUAAGAGAAGGUGAAAAAAACAUUCACAUACUUGAUUGGGUUAUUCCUAUAAUCGAAGGAGGAGAUAUUCAAAAUGUGAUUGAUCCAAAGUUGCAGGGUGAAUUUAGCAUCAAUUCAGCAUGGAAAAUUGUAGAGAUUGCCAUGUCAUGCACAUUAUUACCAAAUGCAGUUGUUGAAAGGCCAGACAUGAGCAUAAUAUUAGCAGAGUUAAAGGAAUGUCUAUCUCUAGAUAUGGUUCAGAGAAACUAUGGAAACACAAGAGCUAUAGAUGAUGAAUUGGUUUCUUUGGCUACUAUAUCAGAUACCACUGUUUCAGCUAGAUAACCAGUAUUUAUUUAUAAAUAAUAUUUUUGUUCUAUAUCCAGUUUCACUCCAAAUGUCAUCCUAGUACUCUUUUUGUUCUAUGAUCAAUUAAUAUCUUGAAA